UAAUAACAUUUUAUUUGACCCAGUAUAUGCAAAACAUAUUACAACAUGUAAUCAGUAUUAAAAAGUAUUGAGGUAUUUUACAUUAGUUUUUUCGUAUUAAGUCCCGUAUUUUACAAUUAAGCACAUCUCAAUUCGCUAUAUUUCGAGGGUUAUCAACUAGCUCCGUUGCAAGAGCUCAGUCAACUCAGGCGGCCAGCGGCCACCAUAAAGGGCAAUGCAUUUACAAUUCACUUAUUAAAUCCUGAAGUUAACAGAACCCACAGAGCCUCCCUUCCUUUGGUUUCGGAGGACACGCGAAAAAUAACAAUAGCCAAGAGUUCUGGAGCAUUUCCUUCGCGCCAGACGGUGUGUUGUAGUUUGUCAUCCUCGCAGUAAGGCGGGUGCUAUCGCCCUCCUAGUUUGACCAAGCGAUAGGACUUUCUCCAGCCGGGCCCUUCCCGAGAGAACGAACGCCGUCCCGCUCCCCUGUUCGGAUCACCGGCCGGGCGCCACCAGGACGAGCGCCGGCCAGCUGUCACCCUAAUCAUUCCCGAAGGAGGGGCCGUCACAGUUACAGCCCAUCAGGGUCAAUCAGGAGGGGCGCGCGCACGGAAAGGUCACCUGCAAGCCGAAGCGGCUCAAUAAGUUCCGGAACUUGAAGUUUACCUCGAAACAUUCAGGCUCCUCCUCCGACUCCUCCUCGAACUUGCGCUCAGAGACGCCACCAUUCGGAAGGAGCCCAAGCCACGCGCCGCUCGCCCUCCUGCACUGCGAGGGCAGCAGCCGCCUCAUGCGACUCGAGAACGCUAGAGGGCGCCGCUUCCGAGAGCCCGCAAGCGGCUUCCGGGGGCUCGCGCGCCGACCUGGACGCAGAGAAGCCAGAGAUUUUCGUUUCCGGCUGCCGCAGGCGCUCCGCUGGUGCAGACGCAGUGCUGAGCCCACAGCUACCGGACAAAGAGUGACGCCCAGAGCUGGAGUUAUGGCGGCGACGGAGCCGAUCUUGGGGGCCACUGGGAGUCCCGCGGCGGUGCCACCGGAGAAACCGGAAGGAGCCGGUUCGAACUCAGACCCUGAGCUUAACUCUGUGGGCUCCUCGCUGGCGAAGGCCUCACCGCCUGCCCCGGAGCUCUCCAGCCCCAACGCCGCGGUCCCCGAAGCCAUCCCUACGCCCCGGGCUGCGGCCCCCGCGGCCCGGGAGUUGCCCCUCGGGCCAGCACCCGUGAGCGUCGCGCCUCAGGCCGAAGCCGAAGCGCGCUCCCCACCAGGCCCAGCCGGUUCUAGACUCGGCCCCGAGACGUUCCGCCAGCGUUUCCGGCAGUUCCGCUACCAGGACGCGGCGGGUCCCCGGGAGGCUUUCCGGCAGCUGCGGGAGCUGUCCCGCCAGUGGCUGCGGCCUGACAUCCGCACCAAGGAGCAGAUCGUGGAGAUGCUGGUGCAAGAGCAGCUGCUCGCCAUCCUGCCCGAGGCGGCUCGGGCCCGGCGGAUCCGUCGCCGCACGGAUGUGCGCAUCACUGGUUGAGCGGUGGAACUGCGGGCGGCCAGGGCCGGGCGCUCUGUGUAGACUAGGGCCAUGAUCGGGUCCGGGGGCCUGAGCCUGGGAGCCCACUCCAUGUUAAUGAAAAAUGAGUUUUGGCAGCGCC